CGAACAGCCUCGUCUUUCACUCACUACUAAACCUGCAACCUCCCACACAUAAUUCGGUGAGCAAACAACAAGCAACCAAGAGCUAUCUCAAUCUUUCUCAUCAUCGUACUGAUUUGCACCUUCCAGUUGUGCCUUCUCGCUCAACCUUGCUCCCGCUUCCCUCACCCACGCAACUCUCGAUAGACACAGGCAACCCACCCACUUCCCACAGAUCAAACAUGUCUUCUCAAGUCACUCCUGAAGUCCUAUGGGCUCAGCGCUCCUCCUCAAGCGAUCCCGAAAAGAACUACAUCUACCUGACUAUUGGCGUUCCCGAUGUUCCCCCCAAAUCACUCAAGCUUGAUCUCAAGCCUACCUCCUUGACCUUCACUGGAGCUUCAGACACCAAGAAGACCACUUAUCACUUGGAGAUGGAAUUCUACGCUGAGAUCGAUGUCGAAAACUCAAAGACGCAUCACACCCCGGCGAACAUCCAAAUGAUCCUGAGAAAGAAAGAUCUCAAGGAGGAAUACUGGCCACGAUUGUUGAAGGAUCCCGCCAAAGUCCACUACCUGCGAACAGACUUUGACAAGUGGGUUGACGAAGAUGAGCAAAACGAAGCGCCCGAGGACGAUUACAUGAACCAAUUCGGUGGCGGCCUCGGUGAGGAUGGCGGCUUCGGUGGCAUCGACUUCUCCAAACUCGGAGGCGGCGGUGGUGAUAUGCCAGGCAUGGAAGGCCUUGGUGCGGGCGAAGAGGGCGGCGACGAUGAAGAAGGAGAAGACGAUGAUGAGAUGCCUGAUCUGGAGGAAGACAAAGAGGAGGAGGGGGAUGCUAAAGGCAAGGGCAAGGAGGCCGCUUAAAGUGCUCCCCGUCGAAAAGUCCUGAGCUCGAGCGCCGAACGAUGCGAGCACUGAAAGAGACAGGAGCUUGGCGGAUCCUCAGCGCAUGGAAAAGACAAUACUCGAUAAGGGAACACUUCUGCCCUCGCUGUUACCCUAAGCUCCAGGUGUGAGCAGCGACUCUUGCCGGUUAUGUCAACUCGCGAUCAGGAAACAAGAUUCCAGGAAUGGCGCCUGCCGACUACAUAGCGAAGAGCGAAUCUACCCGUUUCACACUGUGAAGCUCCUUUCUUUCUCAAAGGUCACCUUGGUCCAACGCAAGGGGUUCUUGGUGUUUCCGGCGGGAGAAGGAGAGUAAUUCCCCCCAGAUUUGAUAUUCCAGGCAGAUACAAUAGAAUCCCCACAGAAUUACUUCGCACACUCAAUAAGACUAAC